AUGACCGGUGUUCGAGGAGCUGCCUCCAUCCAGUACGUCAAACGGGUGUGUGAGAUGAAGUCCCAACAUCCUGGCAAUUGUCCCCAGUACAGGAGAAUGCAGAAGAACCAACCCUCGUUCCUACAUCGAUGGACCACAGACAACAACAGGCUUGUCAGUCAGUACCUGACAGAAGACCAUGAUGCAGCCUUGUUGCUGUGUGAGUUCCAGAGACUUGUGAAGGAGAUACAGGGUCUGCCACCCCAAGUCCCAUCCUUAUGUGUGGAGCUGCCAGUAGUCUUCAACCUGUGCUACCUGCAGUACACCAGCACUCCUCAAGGGGGAGCAGAUCAGCUUGAUCUGAGCACAACCAUUUGUGGGGCGCUGCAAAGAGCUCUCCGAGCGUCCCAGUCAGGACAGGCAGUGCUGACGGUGGAGAGGCUACUGACCUCUGACCCUGAUGUCACUGUCCUGCUGAAACAUGUCCUACAGCUGGCACAGGGGUCGAAGGGCACAGCAAUUGUAGAACCCGUGUGUCUGCUUGCAACCCUCCUGGCCCUGUGUUACCUGGGACGUGAGAGGGACAAAGCCGUCGCUAUUCUCCAGAUUGUGAAGGAACGUGGGACUCAAACAUCUUCAGAGUCAGGAGAAAGAACAGCUGCAGCAGGGGAAGGAUGUGCUUUGAGACCACAUCUUAUACCCAGCUCUGUUUUAGGCACAGAUGAUCUGCUCAGACCUGUGGGACCCCCAGUCCACUACCUGCUGUCCUGCUGUCUGUACCUAGAUGGGAACAUCGCUGGGUGUCUGCAGGAGUUGGACAGGCAAACAGCAGAGCAAGCUUUCCUUCCUGCAUCUUAUCUCAAAGGGUAUGUGCUGUAUGUUGAGAAGAGAUAUGAAGAGUCCAUCCUCGCCCUACAAGCUUGCCUGAACUCCCCAUCUUCAGACUUGUGCACCAAGGCCAGGGUACUGAACCUCAUGGGGUGCUGCUGUGCACAACAGGGAAAACCCCACACAGCCAUCCAGCUGUUUCGGGAAGCCCUUCGGUGUGACUUCUCCCACCAUUCUGCCCUGUACAACAUCUCACUGCAGUACCUGGCACUGGGGCUAGGGGACGUCGAGCUGGAAACACUCAACUUGUUAGUCACUGCCUUAGAAAAUGACGAGACCAGAAAAGACAGCUGUAAGAACCAGGUGCUAGACCCUGUGCUACAGCUGGACAGUACAGCACCUGGAACAGCCACCCUCCUGACAUCUCCUCACACCUGUAUCCCACUACACCAGGCCCUGUAUGUCCUCGCUAAACGCUGUCUGGAACUAGAACGGUAA